UUUUAAAUUUCAGGAAAAUCCGAUAUUAUCGAGUCUCUUGAUAUCAGUAAGAUUCCAUUUUAAUGCGAUUUCUAUUUCCUCUUUUCUCUAUAAAAUCGCAAGCACCCUUCCACUUCCGAUUACCUUUUCUCCCUCUUCCUCUCUCUAAGUAUUCUGUUACUUAUUGUCUCUCUCUGAAAGUUCAAAGAAUUCGUUGUUUCUCUCUCUAAAGCAACAGCCAUGGAUUUGGAUCUCUCUCCCAAACUUGCUCAGAAAAGCUUCAGCACUGAGGGAGGGUCUUACUAUGCCUGGUCUGCCUCUGAGCUCUGCAUGCUUAAAGAGGCCAAAGUUGGAGCUGCAAAGCUUGUUUUGGAAAAGAAUGGGUUCGCUUUACCAAGUUACAGUGAUUCAGCUAAGGUCGCUUAUGUUAUUCAAGGAAAGGGCAGAGUUGGCUUCGUUCUCCCUGAAGCCACCAGCGAGAAGGUCACGAAUAUCAAAAAGGGUGACGCCAUUGCUGUUCCAUUCGGUGCGGUGACAUGGUGGUUCAAUGACUCAGAACCGGAACUCGCCAUCCUCUUCUUGGGUGACACUUCCAAAGCACACAAACUUGGUGAGUUUACCGAUUUCCCAAUCACGGGUGUUGGCAGCACUUUCAAUGGCUUUUCCACCGAGUUUGUUAGCAGGGCUUGGGAUCUCAAAGAAGAGGAUGUUAAGAAGCUUCUAUCGAGUCAGACCGAGAGGAAAAUAAUCCGAGUCAAUGAUGGCGUCUUGUUGCCCGAGGCAACAUCUGACUCGUCUGGCCUGGCGUUCAACUGCGAGGAGGCAACACUCGAUGUGGACAUCAAAGGAGGAGGCAAGGUGGUGGUCUUGACGGGGGCUCAACUGCCUUUGCUGAACGAGGUUGGACUUGGUGCAGACCUAGUUAGGAUUGAGGGGGUCGCCAUGUGCUCCCCUGGUUUCUCCUCUGAUUCGGCUUUUCAGGUGACUUAUAUACUCAGGGGUUCAGGAAGGGUUCAGGUGGUUGGAGUUGAUGGGAAGAGGGUUUUGGAGAUAAGGGUGAAGGCCGGGUUCCUCUUCAUAGUGCCCAGGUUCUUUGUUGUCUCUAAAAUUGCUGAUGGUGAUGGCAUGGACUGGUUUUCCAUCAUCACCACUCCUCAGCCUGUGUUCAGCCAUUUGGCAGGGAAGACCUCAGUGUGGAAGGCAUUAUCGCCGCAGGUGUUGCAGACGGCCUUCAAUGUGUCUCCAGACAUGGAGAAGCUUUUCAGGUCCAAGCGGACCAAGGAUGCCAUUUUCUUCCCGCCCUCCAACUGAGCAAGCUCUUUUCUCUUUUCUUGUCAUUUGAUUUCAUUCGCUGCUGUUUUCUCUUAUGCUGCCAUAUUUCUUUGCCUUCUCUGAAGAUUCAGACAAGUUGUGGUUGUGACGAUUGCAUAUUUUCUUCAAUAAAGUAAUUAGUCUUGAUCUCAUUUCA